ACCGCAAAGAAUCACCGACACUCACCGUCACUCACGAGCUUCUCAACUGUCACUGCAUCCAUCAAGUCCGUUUCCGGUUAUAAGUUCAACUCAUGCAAAUGAUGUAUAAAUAUGUGCCGCUACUUGAUGUGCGAUAAAAUUGGUGAAAAACAAUUGUUCGGUUAUAUAUAGUUCCUGUUCAGGAGAUCACUCCAACAAUUCUUGCUACAGUGUUCCUAAAGAACGUGCAAGAAUCACCUGAAGCACUCUCCGACCGAUUCCGAAAUCGAAACCGAUCCUGCAGACAGAACUGCAAACCUGGCCAAGAAUAAUUUAUUACACCAUCAUCAGUGUGCCUAACCUCAUCAAGACGGAAACAAUCUAACCGAACACGGGAAGCAUCGGAACCAUCACGACCUAGACACGAUAGGCAGAGGAGCAUCAAAUUCCGGCUCACCUGUAAAGAGAGUCUUGCCAGAAUCCACCGCAUUACAGGGUGAACCGACGUCGCAUCCUGGGAAGAUCAGACUUCCUGAACAGCCUAGAUAAAUACAUGGUCCUUAACAACCAGGUGGAAAUUGAGGCUGGGUGUCGUCAGAGCAUAAGCAGCACCGCACGGGAACCAGUGGAUUUGAAAAGGUCCUCAACUGAGAAAACGCCUGCAAGGCUGCAACGACAGCUCAACAUCUGAGUCGCCUUGGAUCAGAUCAACUGUGGCAAACCCCUCAUCACUCGUGUGCGUGUGGCGCAAUUUGCCCUAAUCGAAGUCACCUUCCCAGGGAGGACCUAAGCAUGCGUGUCACUGUAAUAUUGUGAACGAAGCAUGAACGGAGAGAGUCGAAAUCAUCAUCGUCAGCUAGAGAUCAUCGUCAUCGAAUGUUGUGCUCAGACUUGCGCAUGAUUGCAUGGACAGUCGAGCAUAUAUGCAUGUAGUGCCUGAAGAAGUGACGGAGCCGUGUGCGAGUGUGUGAAAGAAAGCCGAGCCAGUGUGCGCGCAUGCAUAGGAUUUGCACGCAUCCUAGAUUUGCUCACACGUGUAAGCGGACAGCACGUUGCCGUUUGGACGAGUGUUCGAGACCGGGGCCCCGUCGACUUCUAGCAGGGAGAGCUGAUUUAUUGGCAGCGGUACCAAGGAGUACAGGUGCUUAGUAAUAAGUUGUACCUUAAUAUUAAGUCCAAACAGUUUAUAUCAAUAAUGCAAUAUUUUGCUGUAAUGCUUCUUGUGAUUAUAGGAUGCCCUUAGCAUCACAUCACCAAAUUUAAUACGUGCUAUUUUCUUUAUUUGAGCUUAUGGUUGAGCCAAUAUAUGAGCCAUAUUUGAGUCUUUUCUGACAUAGCCAUCGAGUAUCAGUUUGUCGAUUCCGAGUUUCAAUUGCGUGAUUGGUCUGCCAAAGAUCGAUAUUAGCAAAAUAGUAACAUUGGCGCCCAACGAAAUAAACCCACAUUAGUUGAAAUCAUAAAUAACGUUCUAGUUCUGUCAACAGUCAAAGUGAGUGAAAAAUUGUGUGACAUGAUGGACAUCAACCACUUGGAAGAUGAUGAGCUUACUUUUGAGCUGGCACUGCGUGGAGUGAGGCCAAAUUUAAUUGUACACCGAUCAGUGAAACUUAAAAACCUGAAAACGAUUCUCGACAAAGAAGCCAAGGAGAAGAACAUCCCAACAUCUUCAACGAAUGUGAUGUCAGAUGUAGAUAAUAUCUACAACUGCCAAGCAAAAAUAUCACCUAUAGUUCACUUGGUAGAAACAGCUAUUCGACAAAAAUUAUAUUCCGACCUGAAAAAGUAUCGCUCACGUUUGCUGCAUUACCGCUUUCGUUUGACAUUGAUAACUGACUCAAUGAUAACGGCGAACGCUAACAAAACAAUUUCAAAACUAGAGGCAGCAUUGACUAGGAUAGAAGACUGCUUACAACAACAACAACAACAACCUGCCAACGUAGGAGGGCGGCCAGGAGAUCAGGAUAUCCUGCCCACGGAGAAGGAAACGUUAGAUAGACUUAAACAUUCAAAUUUGCAGUCGAGCAUAAAGGAGGUGGUGCAGCAACAUGUACUGCUGGGCCAGCAACAUAACAACGAUCGAGCGGAGCAACAAAGGAAUCUAGUGCUACAGGAUCAACAGGAACGGGAACAGCAAGGAAACCUCCCGCAGCAGCGAGAACAACAAGAACUAAUCCAACAACAAUUUCAACAACUGCAAGAGCCGCAACAAUGGGAUCGUCAACCGUGGACACAACAGCAACAACCGACCACACCGGCACCUUUGAAUUCGUCGCAACAUCCCCUGCAAGCGGACCAAACUUUACACGCACAAUUUCAAAAUUUAAUACGUCAGCAACAAGAGCAAAUACAACAGUUUGCCCAAUUACAAGUGCAGUAUGGACAACUUCAACAAAGCUUGGAAGAAGAGAAGCAAAGACGUUUCCAGCUCGAGCAUGAAAUUUCGAUCCAAAGGCAAGGUACAUAUCAAAAUUACUACGCCCACGAUGCUGUAAGGAGAGAACCUUUUGAGCCGUAUGCUAACGGAUUAACAUCGCCGCUUAACGCGCAUGCUGCCCAACAAAGCAGAACGGCAGAAAAUGGUCACCCAAGCAGAUUUUCCCAACCCCUACAUAGAUGGAAAAUAGAAGAGUACGGAGGAGAAAACAACAUCCAGAAGCUAGGCGAAUUUCUUAACCAGAUCAAAAUGUACGCGGAAACCGAAGGCAUGGAUGACACCACGCUGCUGCGAUCAGUUAAGCAACUGCUCAAAGGUCGUGCAUUCGAGUGGUACACCAGGACGUAUCGCUAUAUCCACACAUGGGAAGCAUUCAAAUUGGAAAUCAAAAAAGAAUUUCUGCCACCAUAUUAUUCGGAGAUUUUCAAACAAGAUUUGUACCUAAGAUUCCAAGGAGCAAACGAAUCGUUCACAUCUUUCUACAGAGAUUUGUUAUCAAUUUUUGAAAUCAUCGAGCCUCCGAUGCCAGAAUCUGAGAAGCUGUUCAUCAUAAAAUCCCAUCUUAACACCGAAUUUGUGCCAAUAGCAGCAGCGUCUCAGGUCACAACGGUGCAGCAACUAGUGAAAGUCUGUAAAGACUUUGAAGUAUCCCGAUCGUAUGCCAUGAAGAACCGCCCAUCAGCAAUGUAUCGUCCACCGUGGAACAAGCCAUUCCAACCUCAAAAUACUAGGAUAACCGGGAACAACUCGCCUGCUCAACAACUGCCAUAUCGAAACAUUGGUCGACAACAAGUCAAUAUGUUAGAGAACAACGUCAUAGAACAGGAAUCGGAGUUAGAACGAGAAGAAUAUCAGGAAAGAGAACUAACGCAACUAGAAACAGCAAUGAAUGCAGAGGAAGAGAUGCUGACGAUAACUGAGAACAUCAACGCUCUACACUUGAGGCAAGGACCAUUCAACAGAAACCCAAGAUACUCAGAGGACUCGACAAAUACAAAUGGUCAGAAAACGAAGAUAACACUCACAUGCUGGCAGUGCGAAACACCAGGACAUACCUACCUCAUGUGCCAAAACCCGAGAACAUUCGUAUUCUGUUUCACCUGUGGCCGAAAGGGUUGCACUACAAGGAACUGUCAGAGUUGUCAAGCAAGAUGGAGGCAACUAGCACCAGAAAAUCAACAGAGUUUUUCGGGAAACGGGAAAAGGGAGAGCCUUUAGAGGGGAAGGAGAACUCUUCCAACUCAAACAAGAUCCCCAACAUCGCUACAUUACCACAUUUUCGAGAAAUUGCAUCGCUUCUAAUC